AUGUCGCUGGACAUGUUUUGGGGCGGUGCCCCGCAGCCGAUCAACACACCACAUGAAGCACUUGCCCAACUCAGAGCUAACGAGUUCGCACUUGAGGAGGACAACGAACCGGGUCAUCUGUCGGACGAAGAGCCCGUCCCGCAAGAACCCCCGACUGGCGACACCGAAGCAGUCAACGAAGAAGAGUCGCGCGGCAAGCUUCGAGUUCUGGGGGGAGUUGCUGCCAUUUCCAAGCGUAUCAACGCCGACUACGAUUCCGAUGACGCCCGCAUCAUCGAGUUGAAGCAGCAGUCCUACAGCGACGAAUAUGUGGCAGCCAAGUUGACGGAAGAAGGCCGUAUUCGGUAUGUGCCAAAGACGGUCGGCAGUCGCUGGUUGCGUCUGCGUAAGGUGCUUGAGAAGCGCGAGGACGAGCGACUCGAUGAUGAGCUGAGCGACUGGCACGUUGGAGAGGACGAAGAGCUCAACAACAUCAAGACAGAAGUGGACAAGAAGUUCGAAGUCCAAUUCCAGCGUCUUCGCGAUAGGAUGUGGAGUGAGGUCUCGAUCUACCUCGCCGAGAAGACGGUCAAGCGCAAGUACACGGCCAAUGCAUGCCAAGAGCGAUAUGAGGCUCUGAAGAAUGGUACUGCUCUUCUUCCGAUCGAACUCGAUGAUGACCAGGAAGGCCGUCGUCUGCUCCGCGAGGAGCGAAUCAUCGCGGCCCAAGCUCGUCGUGAUGCCAUUGAACAGGAGAAGAAGGAUCUCGAAGCUGCACGUGAAGCUCGUAUAGAAGAGAAGAAGCAGUUGAAGAUCGAUGAGGCGAAGCGUAGACAAAUGGAGAUCAAGAAGCGCCAAGAUGCUGCCGCCGAGCGUCGCCGUCAGAAGCAGGAGAAGCAGAACAUGGUGGUGCAAGCUCGUGAGGCUCGCGAGCAGUAUCUCGAACUCAUUCGCCUUGAGCGUGAUUGGGAGUUGGAGAAGAUUCGCGUUGAGCGGGAGAUCUUCAAGGAGAUAACAGGCAAGAAUCUCUUCGGCAAGGCUGCGACGGCUCGUGAUCGCUCAAACAAGCGCAAGUCUGGCGUCACUCUAGACUGGGAAUCUGACGAAGAAGACUUGGACGAUAUGGAGGACUCCGCCAGCGAUGCCGACGAUGAAGAAGAUCUCGAGCGUACCGACGCUGGUGCCAACUUCGCGCCGAAGCGUCCCAAGAAGACUCCCAGCAAGAAGCGCUCCCAGCCAGCUCGUAGAGCAAGCUCAAAGCGUACUAGACUGACUGAGGCCGAGUUUGAGGGGUCCGCCAACGAGGAUGAGACCACUGCCCAUGAACCAGGUUCUUCUAAGGUCCGCGUCACCAAGGCUACUCUGCUCAACCCACGUUCCAUUCUCAACAACGGCGAACUCAAAGCCAUCAUUCGGCGUCGCGACAUCACUCCAGGCUGGCAGGAAAACGAGACUCAUGCCGAAGUUGUCGCACGUCUUCAGCACAUCGACGAGUCUCUGAACGUCAACCAGCUUCGCGCUCUCUGCAAGCAGGAGUUUCUCUCCCCAUCCGGCAAGAAAGAGGAACUCAUUCGUCGUCUGGCCGGUCACGAUGCUGAGCGUAGCUUCGCUGGCCAGUCUUUGGAUAUCGCGAGUCACGAUGUGGAGUUCAUGCUGACGUACGACGGUUACCACGGUGAGUUCAGAAAGUAUCUGGACGAGGCUGUUCAGGAAGCUCGGGACAGAGGCGAGGAGGUUGUGGGCCUCGAUGAUGAGGACGACGAAGAUGCGAUGGAGGAGUGAGGUACGAGAUUGUGGCAUGAGUGGAGAUCAAUGUGGCUGGGGGUGUUUUCAUGUUCUGUACACUACUGUUUGACGAGCCACAGCUGUUUUCUGCCAAAGACGAUGAUGCUGAGGCAUCAGAAACUCGGAUGUGUCGUCUGGCGGAUUUGGAGGUUCAACUGAGAGCGCGAGCACUCAUAGUGUGUCUCCUUUCGAUAAAAAAGCUGUGAUAGUGGCUCAAAAAGUUUUGUUUCGAA